AUGUGGAAUGGUACCCCUUCACGACCAUCUUUAUGUGGGGUCCGCUCUUGUAUGCUGCCACGCUCCUCCUUCACCAGUAUCUCCGACUACGGCCACAUCCCCCGCCCUCCCUCUGCUGGAUUCUCCCCUUGGUGGCUUCUACGUGCCGUGUAUAGCGGUAGCAUGCACCUGAAGUUCUACGAGGCCGGCCAAAAAUACGGAUCUCUUGUUCGCAUCGGUCCAAACGACCUUGUGACGAGCGACCCGGACCUCAUGAAGCGUAUGCUCGGCGUGCGCACCAAGUACACGCGUUCAGACUGGUACAACGCGAUGCGACUGGAUCCGAGACACGACAACUAUUCUGGCAAAGAAGUAGUCGAACUUGAAGCCAAGAUCGACGAAAGCGUCCUUCGACUCAUGUCAAUGAUCGAUACGUAUGCUUCUCAAGAUAAAAGGUUCGACUUCGGCCUGAAGGCGCAGUACUUCACGCUCGACGUCAUUUCAGAUCUUGCAUUCGGCAAGCCGUUCGGCGAUCUGGCUUCCGAUUCGGACGUUUAUGACUACAUUCACACGACGGAACAAAGCAUGCCGAACAUCGUCGUCGCGGCCGUUCUGCCCUCUCUACUCCAUGUGUUAUCGUGGCCUCUGCUUCGGCGGCUGAUGCCUUCGGAAAAUGAUGCCACCGGGUUCGGAAGGCUGAUUCGGAUGGCGAAGGAAAUCGCCGGCGAGCGCUUCGGGCCAAGCAAGAAGACGAGGCAAGACAUGCUUGGCUCUUUCGUAGCACACGGCCUGACGCAAAAAGAGGCGUCUUCGGAAAUCCUCAUGCAAAUACUCGCUGGAUCGGACACGACGGCCACGGCCAUCCGAGCUACGCUGCUUCACCUCAUCACCAACCCACGAGUGCUCGCGACACUUCGUGCAGAGAUCGAGCGCUU